AUGGCGAAGUUGCCGGUUGAAAACAGUGAGCAAUUCUGCCAGUGGUUAUUGGAAGAGUUUUCCUAUAACGGAGCAACGGUGAUGAUGGCACCUGCUGCCGGCUUUUAUGCCACACCGGGCAAGGGCAUGAAUGAAGUACGCCUGGCGUAUGUGCUCAAUUCAGCAGAUAUCAACAAGGCGAUGGAUUGCCUGGAAGAAGGAUUGAAAGCGUAUGCCGCAAUUCAAAUAGGACAGGGAAUCGAUUUUCACCAAUUAGCAGCAGGCCGUGAAUUAUGGCUGGGCGGUAUACUGAUACCACAUCAUAAAGGUUGUAUUGCACAUAGCGAUGGCGAUGUAUUACUACACGCUAUCUGCGAUGCCUUACUGGGUGCUGUUUGCCUCGGCGAUAUUGGCCAGCAUUUCCCCGACACUGAUGAGACGUACAAAAAUGCAGAUUCAAAAGUGCUGCUGCGCCGCUGUUACAGUAUGGUCCGUGAAAAAGGUUUCUGGCUGGUGAAUGUAGAUUGUACGCUGUUGCUCGAGGCACCGAAGAUCAGGCCUCAUAUUGAGCAGAUGCAGCGCACCAUCAGCAAUAUACUGCAUGUAAGCACUGAUGAUAUUUCUAUCAAAGCCACUACUGCCGAAAAGCUUGGCUUUAUUGGUCGUGAAGAAGGGGUGGUUGCUACCGCCAAUAUCCUGUUGCAAAAGUAUUAA